UUUGCCUCAGGCCUUUGUAUCAAGUUGAGCCUCAGGCACAAUCGUCGGAGAGCUCUAUGAUUGAAGUGGUUCAAGAACGUCGUUUUCUUCCGAAGAGCUUUCCCCCCGGUGUGAAUCAAAGCUGCAGCUGCUCCCCACGAUUCGACCGGCUGCCUUUGAGACUUUGUGAUUGAUUUGAUGUGCUUAGGAAGAAAAACACUUCUCUGCCGAGGUCCAAUGUAAUUGACUCCCACGUUCUGUCACUGGUCAAUCGAGGAUUCUGCCGAAUUUCGAAGCACUUCGGCACUCAUGCAGUCGACACGCAAGCCACUACUAGAAAGUUCUGCGAUAAAAGGAGGGCUUGGUUCAGCGUAUUCUCAUCCUCAAAUUCCAAUAUUGAACUACAUUCCAAUCCACCAUGACUACAGUUAUUCAACUUCAAGUCCCUGAAGGACUGCCGCUUGUCGGUGCCUCCCUGUUAUCCACCGUUGUCCUCCUCGUCUACCAAGUCGGCGUGGCGGCAAGGGCCCGCAAGGCUGCAAAAGUUCCUUAUCCUCAGGUCUACGCGGACAAAGCUCAGGAGGAAGCUUCUUUGGAAGCUAAACAGUUCAACUGUGCUCAACGUGCCCACCAAAAUACGCUGGAAUGGCUCCCCUCUGUCUAUCUGACAUCCGUGUUGACUGCGAUCAAAUAUCCCAAACUUGCCGCUGUGAUAUUGGCAGGAUGGUCCGUUACUCGAGUCAUAUACACGAAAGCCUACUCGACUGGUAACCCUAGCAAGCGGGAGUUUGGUGCCCGUACUGGGUUUCUCUUGCAGCUCGGUCUACUUGGCACUUCAUUUUCUGUUGUCGGAAGCGGUGUGCGUUCAUAUCUGAACAUUUAACGGAUACAAGGAUCUUGAUCUUCGUAUCUCGACCGCUUACCAACAUACUAGAGAGUAAUAAUCAUUUACUUGUAUCGGAACAAUUGCUUGAAGAUUCCGCAGUUGUCAAUAAUGCAAUUUGCACCGUCUGUCUAGAGUACUUUGAAAGAAGGGGAAAAUUUGACAAGCCAUAACAAUAACUGAAUUAAA